GACACGUUUUUGUAUGUGUUGCCUAGGGUUACAGAAGAGAAACCAGGCUGGUGUAGUGAUCCACAUUUGCCUCCUUGUGCUGCAUUUGUGGAAAUUAUGGCACCUGUCUUUUCUCGUGAAGCUUGGCGUUGUGUGUGGCACAUGAUUCAGAAUGAUCUAGUGCAUGGAUGGGGGCUGGACUUUGCUCUCAGAAGAUGUGUAGAGCCAGCACACGAAAAAAUUGGAGUAAUUGAUUCAGAAUGGAUUGUUCAUCAAGGAAUUCCUUCUCUCGGGAGGCAGGGAGAGGCUGACAAAGGAAAAAACCCUGGGGAUUUGGUACGUAUAGUUUCUGUCUAAGAAUGUUAGUGAAUAUAUAUACUCUAUUUUUUGCUUAACAUUGUUGGUUCCUCCUUCAAGUUGUUUGAGCGCUACAUAUGCACUCACCUAUUGUA